AAAUUGUUUUUUUUGCAGAUACUGAAAAAAAAAUUAGAUAGAUUUAUUUUACAGCGCAAAGCGAAAAAACAUUGAAAUAUGGAAUAUUCUCAAUUCCUCUUGCUCUUUGUGGUGUUGACAGCUAUUUUCUGCCAAGUUCAAAGCGUUGGUUUCGACGUGGGCGACACUAGACCGUCUUGUCUUCAAUCGCUAAAAAACUGCAAACGUAACUCAACGUGUAAGGAAGUUUAUAAAUCGGUGAAGAACAAAUGCAAGGCGAAGGAAGCUCAGUGCAACGCCAGAACGGCUGAUCUACAACAAUGCGCUAUGGACAUUGCCUACCUGAGGGAGGCCGCGUUUCCAAUAGAUAAUAAAUGCAUAUGUCACGGCAAGUCUUUGUCAUUGAAGAAACUGGUACGAUGCAGUGAAAUCUUGAACACAGUCUACGCGAACCCAUGUUUCGAGAAGGGUGAGAGAAUUCGCCAAGAGGCGAUUAGGAUUGCUUCCGUCACAAUGCGUGCGGCGGUUGCCACAGAAAUUGAUGACGUCACACAAACCCCAAAAUAUGACGUUGUAAGCGAUGUGGCACUCAUGGCAAGCACUACCAGUGCUCCGGACACACUUGGUGAAAAUCUCGGCGAAGUGGCAGCAGACCAAGGCGACAUAAAAAGUGGCGUCAGAGUGUCAGACGUUGAAAAGAAGAUGGAGUCUGUAUCUGAGGAAGACAUGCAAGACGUGGAUGCCCUCUUUGCUACGGAUCCCGAGUUGAGAAGUUUUGAUGAUGGUUGGGAGUUUUCCGAUGAUACUGGUGCCUUUGAUGGAAUAAAUGCAGAGGAAGAAGAGGUGAAAAUAGACAUAGAGCAAGGAGAGGAAGAAGAACUAGUAAUGGAAGAAGAAGAAGAAGAGUUAGAAGAAAUGGAGAAUGAAGUUUCUCAGGAGGAAGACUUGGAAGAGGUGGAUGAAAUGAACGUGGAAGACGUUUCAGAAAGCACGGAAAAACUUGACGAGUUUGUGGAAGAAAUAAUUCAGAGUGGAAACGAAAACAUUUUUGCUGAUGACGAAGACGAUGACGUAGAGAGUGACGGAAAUCAGCUAGAAGAUAAGGGGACGGUGGAUUAUCCAGAGAUAGACCACAACAAACUUGACCCAGAGUGUGACAAGACCAUUCCUGCUGAAGUGUCGAAUGAAUCCAGUAAAAGGGCUGAAGAAAAUGCAACACUCGAGAUAACCCUUUUCACCUGCGGAGCAAUUUUAGUGCUGCUGGUUUUGGUGGCGACAGGCUUUCUGGUACAAAAAAGGCGGAAAAAAAUCAACUACACAUCUGGUCAAUUCGACAAUAGGUCGAAAGAACCAAAGAGAAAAACCUUUAAAAUGCGUCAUCCGACCAUCGUCAUUCGGUCUCUACAAAACAAAGAGACUUGUUUAAAGGCGAAAGGUCUAUUGCGACAUCAACAUGUUUAAUUAUUAACUAUUGGUGGAAAAAGAAAAUGUAAAGCGAUUGUCUACAAGCGAUUACUUUGAACAUUUGUAACCUAUUCAGAAUUAGCAGGAGCGAAUAGCAAUAGUUAAUACAUGUAAGCACUCUAGCUUGUCAACAUAAUGUCGAUGUUUGUAUAUGUUUCGUGUUUUUAUUACUUUUUAUCUGUAUGUUUGACUCCAUACCGCCGUCUUGCGGCUUUGGAAUUUCAUACGAAGCGAUCCUAUAUUGAACCAUAGCCUGAAAAAAUCGUUGUGUGGCCUUUGACUAAAAAGUUGUUUUUAUUUUUGUUUUAAAGUUUAAAUCAGUGUUCCAUAUAUUUUUGCGUUGCCUUUUCUUCUCAUUUCUUUAAUUAUGUGUAUUUUUGCACUUGUUUUAAAAUUAAUUCUUCCGUUGUUGCGCCAGUUCAAUUUACUAAUCCAAAUCAAAACUAACCAUUCUUCUCCGUAUUGAUUUAACAAUUAUGAUUCAUAUAAAUUGCUUCAAUACAGGUGUUCACAAGUAA